AUGACGCCUCCAUUCGGUUCACCUGCCCCUGCUGCUGCCGCCUUACAUCCAGCUGAUGAUGCUGAUGCGUUUGUCGCUCUGCACGCCCUUCUUCUUGCCGCAACUCCUGCUCAACAGGGCAGUCAUGCUCGCGGGGGUGCUGUCGCCGCAGACACAGAGCUUCAGAACUGCAUUGGUUUUGGUGCCACUCCCGCGUGUUCUGCUGCUCUUGUUGGCACGACCGUUGCUCUUGGUGCUGCUGCUGAUUGCCUGGCGCUGCCUGCGCAGCCUCCUCUUGGAACGCGAGGCCCCGUCGAUGCCGCUGGCGCUGCACUUGUAGACGCCGUUUGUGGUGGUGGGGUAGUUGUUGCGCCGCGCUGUCUCGUCUUGCCGUUGCCGGCAGUUGUUGUUGCUGCGACUGCUGAGGCUGCUGGGCCUGGGCAUCUUGUCGCUUCUCCUCCUGCUGCUGCAGCAACGGGGGAACUGCCCCGUUGGCUGUUGCCUCGACCUCCAUCAACUGCGUGA